AUGUCGGAGAGAAGCAGAGCUCGCGACGUUACGUAGACGCCAUUUUGUUUCACCGGGAGUAAAGAAACCAACCUGAAAAGCACCGGCGUGAAUAUUUUCCCUCAUUUGGAGCACUUUCAUCACGGCGGAUCAGCAUCGUGCACCCAAGUUUAGACUCGCAUGAUGUCUGGAGACAUGGCCACAGAUCAUGUAAACGGGAAUGGUACGGAGGAACCAAUGGACACUACAGCUGCGGUGACCCACUCAGAACAUUUCCAGGCUUUACUGGAAGCUGGUUUACCUCAGAAAGUUGCUGAGAAGCUCGAUGAACUUUAUGUAGCAGGACUGGUAGCACAUAGUGACCUAGACGAAAGGGCAAUUGAAGCUUUGAAAGAAUUUAAUGAGGAGGGAGCCCUGCAAGUGCUGGUCCAGUUCAAAGAGAGUGAUCUGUCACAUGUGCAAAACAAAAGUGCCUUUCUCUGUGGGGUAAUGAAGACUUACAGGCAGAGAGAGAAACAAGGGACUAAAGUGUCAGAUUCUACUAAAGGACCAGAUGAGGCUAAAAUCAAAGAACUCCUGGAUAGAACCAACUACACACUUGACGUAACAACAGGCCAGCGAAAGUAUGGCGGGCCACCGCCUGAGUCUGUGUACUCAGGUGCCCAACCCACUGUUGGAACAGAGAUAUUUGUUGGGAAGAUUCCCCGUGACUUGUUUGAAGAUGAGCUGGUUCCUCUCUUUGAGAAGGCUGGGCCUAUUUGGGACCUCAGGCUAAUGAUGGACCCACUGAGUGGUCUGAACAGGGGCUACGCCUUCGUCACGUUCUGCACUAAAGAAGCGGCGCAGGAGGCGGUGAAGCUGUGUAAUAAUCAUGAGAUUCGCCCUGGCAAGCACAUUGGGGUGUGUAUAUCUGUUGCCAACAACAGGUUAUUUGUUGGCUCCAUUCCCAAGAGUAAAACAAAGGAGCAGAUUGUUGAAGAGUUUUCUAAAGUUACAGAGGGCCUCAGUGAUGUCAUACUGUACCAUCAACCUGAUGACAAGAAGAAGAACCGAGGCUUCUGCUUCUUGGAGUAUGAAGACCACAAAACAGCAGCUCAGGCACGCCGCCGGCUAAUGAGCGGCAAGGUCAAGGUUUGGGGCAAUGUGGUGACAGUGGAGUGGGCUGAUCCCAUCGAAGACCCUGACCCAGAAGUCAUGGCCAAGGUCAAGGUUUUAUUUGUGAGAAAUCUUGCUAAUGGUGUUACAGAGGAAAUCCUGGAAAAGUCCUUCAGUCAGUUUGGAAAUUUGGAGCGAGUUAAGAAGCUCAAAGACUAUGCCUUCAUUCAUUUUGAGGAGAGGGAUGGUGCAGUGAAGGCAUUGGAAGAAAUGAAUGGAAAGGAGCUGGAGGGAGAGCCCAUUGAGAUUGUUUUCGCCAAGCCACCAGAUCAGAAAAGGAAGGAGCGGAAGGCCCAGAGACAAGCUGCCAAAACACAAAUGUAUGAUGACUAUUACUACUACCCUCCCCCUCCCCACAUGCCUCCUCCUGUCAGAGGUCGGGGUAGAGGUGGCAACCGGGGCGGCUACGUUUACCCCCCUGACUACUACGGCUAUGAGGACUACUAUGACUACUAUGGCUAUGACUAUCACAACUACCGCGGCGGCUAUGACGACCCGUAUUAUGGGUAUGACGACUUCCAGGCCCCAGGCCGAGGGCGGGGUGGUAACAGGGGCGCACGGGGCGGAGCCUCACCGGCCAGAGGACGUGGCGGCACCGGGGCUCCCAGAGGCAGGGCCAACUUCUCCCAGCGUGGUGGGCCCGGACCAGGCCGUGGCGGGCGGGGCGCAAGAGGAGGCGUGCAGCCAAGAGGGCGAGGAGGGGUACGUGGUGCGCGGGGUGGCCGCGGUGGAAAUGUAGGAGGAAAGCGCAAAGCUGAUGGGUACAACCAGCCAGAUUCCAAGCGUCGCCAGACCAAUAAUCAGAACUGGGGCUCUCAACCCAUUGCUCAACAACCACUCCAAGGUGGUGAUCAUUCUGGUAACUAUUCCGGUUACAAAUCUGACAACCAGGAAUUUUAUCAGGAUUCUUUUGGGCAACAGUGGAAGUAAACCAGUAGGGCUUUGAUAACAAAAUACGUGUUUAUGGUUUUUGUUUUUGUCUUUUUAUUUAGAGACUUGAUCUGAUUGGCCCUCAAUCCCAUACGGUUGCCUGCAUUUUUUCCUCAAAAUUGGUGACAUCUGGCAAGAUAUCUUUUUGUACAUAUUUUAAUAAUCCGCUUGGACUCAAACCGUAGUCACACUCCCACCUGUUUCUGGCGAACUGGUUUUCUUUUUUCCUUUUUUUUUUUUUUUUUUUAAAAGAUGGUCGUAAAAAGAUUUUCCAUAACAAAGUUUGAAAAAUUUUUAGAUGCAAUUAUGUGCUCGAGCUGUCUAUUUGGCAAUAGCUUUAUGUAUGUUUUUAGAAAUUCUGGUUUCCAUGUUUUAAGUAGCUAACAGCAACAAAGCAUAUGUCUCCUAAACAUGUAUUUAAAACGAAUGAAAAUACAAUUUGUAUUGUCACAAAGUAAUGCGUGUCUUGUUAUUGAAAAGAAAAAAAAGGACCAUCGUAGUCCUAUUUUUUGGCUUUACAUUUUGGCUUGUAUUCUUUGCUGUUUGUCUGCUUUAAUAAACAUACACGCACACGUGUACAAAACUUCAAAUUGUGUUGCAAAUUCAUGUUUCGGCAAAUUCUCUCUUCAAAUUGCCUUCAAAUUUAAGGCUCCUUGUGGAAGAAAAUGGACUAAAGGUUUGCCAAUGUUGGCCACAUGCUACAGUGUCACCUUGCAUGCCAUCAAAUUCCAAAUCACCUACUUCUAUAGUCAGCAUCUCUCAAGUGCUCUGUAUGUGUAGUGACAUACUUCAUCCUUAUGAGUUCCUCUCAUGUCCAAAAACAUAAAUGUUUCACAAAUUGGUGUCCUAAAUUCACUGUCAAUGCAGCAUCAAGAGUAAGCCCCACCCCCUACAAGUCUGUCAUACAAGUCCCUUUUGUCACUAGUGGGGGGAGGGAAUAAAAGCACAAUUUGAUUUAUUUCAAAGUGAAGCUUUUCCUUGUCCCAGAAGGAUCUACCUAGCUGUUGAAGGCCUGGAUACUAAUCUUGCAUGUUUAUCUGGAGGUUUGAUAUUGUGCUGUUGUGGGAGAUAACUGCCAUGCAUGUCUGGCUUGUAGUUUUAUUUUUUGGUUAAGUUUGCUUUUAUUGAUUAUAAUGGCUGCUCUUAACCCUCACUCCUCCCUCUCUCCCUUCUCUGCCCGUCUAAGCGUGUCCACGUUUCACUACCGCACCUCAGUUUUAAGUUUUCUGAUCCGAGCCGGCUGAUUCUCUGCUUGUCGUCCUCUUUUAAGGCAUUGACAUGUGCAUGUUGCGUCAGAGGGCGUGCAAGUCUGUGAGAAUGCUUUGUCUUCUAAUGUAUGCAAACUCAUGUGUUACACGGUUCUCCCUGUUACAGUUGGUACCGAGCGUGAGUGUGUGAGCGCAAGGGAGAACAGUAUAUGUGUGUGUAGAUGUAAUACGAUCCUGUUUUCCAUUCUCUAAUUGCUUCCUUUUGUUACCUGACUAGCAGGGAAAAGGGGUCGAGGCCGGUCCUGAUGUGUCGCUAUGAAGACUGACCAGUGUUUGGCGUUACACACUGCAGGCUGCCAGUGGAUGGAAUGGUAAGGUCAACUGACUCAGUAGUCCAAUGGUGUUCCAGCCUUUUUUGUUUUUUUUAAGGAGCAGAUCUCCUCAAACUGCCACGUUCGAAGAUAAUCACACGAGCAAAACUUUUUAUUUUUUUGGAAAGCGUUUAGAAGCCCCAGCACCCCCCACCCCCCACCCCAGAUCUGCCAUUUGAGACCUACUGAGUAGGAGUUCAUGACGGACAUCCCUCUGGAAGAGGCUUCGCACUUUUUUUUCUAAUCGUUAAAAGUUUGGAGUGGUUUAGCAGAACUUGAUGUUUUAGUUUCUUUGAGUUCUUAAACUGCAUCUUUUAUGAUGGGACGCGACAUGAUAAUCUAUGAUUAUCUGAGGUAGCGUUGAGGUGUGAUCACCCGCCGUUGAAGGUCGGGCAUUCCAGGAAUAUGGUUCGUUAACUACCUCAGUUUCGCGGACUGGCCUGCUCUGUCCCAUUUUGUACUUGAGGAAACUGAGGCAGGGUUCGACCCCCCCCCCCCCCCCCCCCCCCCACACACACACACACACACCCACCCAAAAAACCCACUCUCACCCCUUCCCUUCCCUCCUCUUCCCUCCCCUUCACCUCGGAGGUAUGCACAGGCAGCAGCAACAGAGCACUUAAAGAAUUAUAGUUCUCAUUUGAGAAUUGACGUAGGCUGCAGCUACUUAAGGCAUGUUAGCUGGUCGUCUGAAACGAGCCUGAACAAGCCUCGCUGUCUAUGAAUGAACUGAGCAAUGAUGUAGUUGACGGACAGAAAUUGUUUUAUAACUUUUUUUUUUGGUAAAAUCUUAAAUGCCUGGAAACCAGUCAUCCUUUGUCUUCCACGAUGGGACAACUGUCUUAAUUUUAGGGUUUUUUUGUACACAUCAGUGUAAGGAUGUCUCAGGCCUUCUGCUCUGUACAAACCUGUUUGUGCACAGCAUGAAAGCACCGCUGACAUCCAGUGACGCUGCCUUUGUUUAGGGUUUCUAAGCAGGUCUGGAAGAAAAUGCAUUUACUCCAAGUCCUGAAAAGAUUACGAAUCCAACGAAAGAUGGCAUCACAAAAGCAUGAUUAUACAUUUCACAUUGUAUGUCACUGUAGACUGAUUAUCAUGCCAUAUAUGUGGUUGUGACAAACUUACCUGUAGAGUAAGAUGAUGUUAAUUCAUGUUCUUUCAUUGUCGGUGUGCAAAUUGUACUGCAAAUCAACAUGUUGAAACUGUAAAGGAGCAAAUCCAUCUCUGAGCAUUUAAAUUUUAGAGGGAAAAAUGAGACUUAAGUGAUGUACUUUGCAUUUUUUUGCCAUGUUCUAUUUUAAUGGAAAUGUAAAAGUUUACCUCUGAACUGCAAAGUUGGCUGAAAAUUAAUAUAAAUCAACAAAAGAAAAGCAAGAGGCUAGCUCUACUUAUUAUCAAACAUGAAAUAUCAGAUCAACUCAAACCCUGUGACAAUUUCUCAGUGUUUAAUUGCUUUUAACCCAUAAAAAAUAAGAAAGACGUCAUAAUUGAAUUGAUAAGUCUGGCAAUAUUCUGCAUUUCAUCUACAAAUCCCAUGAAAAGACUCAAAACAACAAUCCAUCUCUGAACACUGCGACAACUCCUCCCUCUGUGGCCCUCAGGAUCCAAGCACAUUGCAUAAAAGUCUCUUAAAACACUUAAAUUUGUUGUCAUGUCCUAAAAAUUACACAUUUUUCUAAAAUGACUUGACACUGGGUAUUUUUUUUCCCAAGUAAACAGAAGCAAUUACUGCUUUUGUUGGGGACUAUUUUCAGUGGCGGAUUAAUCCAUGUGGUGCUAUAGUGGGAAUUAAGUAAAAACAUUCUGCAGUGUGUGUUUUCAAGCACAUGAAGGAGUGUCAGAGUAUUUAGCAGCAUGUUCAGUGUUGGUUGGAGUCUAAACAUGGGAUUUGAUUGCAAAAUAAAGUACAGAAUAUCACCGGACUUGUUGGGCUUUGGUGUUACCUCAGUGUUGCUCCACCUGCACGAGCAGGAAAAAACAUGCAACCAUGAGAUAUUUUUUAUUCAAAGUACAAAGUAGGUUUGAAAGGCAUUCUGGGAAAUGUAGGAACCAACAGUAAAGCAGGUCACCGUGUCACCACUGUUGAAAUGCAUUGUACAUCACAGACUGUUGGAUAGCAGUGAUGUUGGAUUUGUCCUUGCAGCUCGUUUAAAAACGCGACAUUUAAACUCCAUUAGUGCGUUGUAGUCUUUCUGCCUUUUUGUGACAUUUGCCAUGAAACACGGUGUCUUGAAUCUCGACCCAUGUUUAGCAUUCUUCCAGUUCAGAGAGGAUUGUGCAGCUUAUUCUUCCUCUUUCUACCUGGUUUGUGAAAAAGAGUCAGAUUAGUUGUUUUUUUUUGUUUUUUUUCAUACUGGCUUUGACUCUGGAUCUCCAAUUUUAAGGGUCAGGAAUGAUUUUUUUUUGCUAACAAGUGUGUUUGCAGUCUUGCAAAUAAAAUGUUUUAUACUGUACAGUGAGGUGAGUUAAACCUAUUUUUCUAAUAAAGUUAUUGACUUUGA